AUGGGAGGCAAAGAUAGCAUGUUUCGGUAUGCUGAUAGCAAAGACAAGCUGUUGAUGUUCUUUGGGGUUCUGGGCAGCAUUGGAGAUGGAUUGCAAUAUCCUCUCACAAUGUAUGUUCUUAGCCAUGUUAUCAAUGAAUAUGGAAGCUCCAGUGCAUCUGUGUCUAUUGAUACCGUGAACAAGUACUCUCUCAAGCUGCUAUAUGUUGCAAUUGCUGUUGGACUUUCUGCUUUUGUUGAAGGACUGUGUUGGACAAGAACUGCUGAGAGACAAACCUCUAUAAUGAGAAUGGAAUAUCUGAAAUCUGUCCUUAGACAAGAAGUUGGUUUCUUUGACACCCAAGAAGCUGGUUCUUCCACCACGCAUCAAGUUGUCUCAACCAUUUCUAAUGAUGCCAAUUCAAUCCAAGUAGCAAUAUGCGACAAGAUACCCAACUGCCUUGCAUAUAUGUCAACCUUCGUCUUCUGCCUCGUGACUUCUUACAUGCUGUCAUGGAAGCUUGCACUGGCAGCUCUUCCUCUCACAUUGAUGUUCAUUAUCCCGGGACUUGUAUUUGGGAAGUUCAUGAUGGAUGUGAUCAUGAAGAUGAUUGAAUCAUAUGGAGUUGCUGGCGGGAUAGCCGAACAAGCUGUUUCAUCUAUAAGAACUGUAUAUUCAUAUGUAGCAGAGAAUCAAACACUUGAUAAGUUCAGUCGUGCACUUCAACAAACAAUGGAAUUAGGAAUAAAGCAAGGUUUCGCAAAGGGACUGUUGAUGGGGAGCAUGGGAAUGAUUUAUGUUGGAUGGUCUUUUCAGGCUUGGUUAGGUACUUAUUUGGUGACAGAAAAAGGAGAAAAAGGAGGCUCUAUCUUCGUAGCUGGAAUCAAUAUCAUCAUGGGAGGAUUGAGUGUUUUAGGAGCACUCCCAAAUCUAACUUCCAUCACAGAGGCAAUGGCUGCUUCUACUCGUAUUUUUCAAAUGAUUGAUCGAACUCCUAGUAUAGACUCGGAGGAUAAGAAGGGGAAGGCUUUGUCAUAUAUAAGAGGAGAAAUUCAAUUUCAGGACAUAUAUUUUAAUUAUCCAUCAAGACCUGAUACACCAAUCUUGCAAGGCUUGAAUCUCACGAUUCCAGCAGGUAAGACAGUUGGUCUUGUGGGAGGCAGUGGUUCUGGAAAAUCCACAGUGAUUUCAUUGCUUCAAAGAUUUUAUGACCCCAACGAAGGACAAAUUCUCUUGGAUGGACACAAAGUAAAUAGGCUUCAGCUCAAAUGGUGGAGAUCGCAAAUGGGUCUGGUUAACCAGGAACCAGUCCUCUUUGCAACAUCUAUAAAGGAGAAUAUACUGUUUGGGAAGGAAGGAGCAUCGAUGGACGAUGUGGUAAAUGCUGCUAAGGAUGCAAAUGCUCAUGACUUCAUUACCAAGUUACCAGAUGGAUAUGAAACUCAAGUUGGUCAAUUCGGAUUCCAACUAUCUGGUGGCCAAAAGCAGAGAAUUGCCAUAGCAAGGGCUCUGAUCAGGGACCCCAAAAUCCUGCUUCUUGAUGAAGCAACCAGUGCACUGGAUGUACAGUCAGAAAGAAUAGUUCAGGACGCAAUAGAUGAGGCAUCGAAAGGAAGGACGACAAUCACCAUUGCGCAUCGCCUCUCCACAAUCAGAACAGCAAACCUUAUUGUGGUUCUACAAGCAGGGAGAGUAAUCGAAUCAGGUUCACAUGAACAGCUAAUGCAAAAAAAUGAUGGACAGGGCGGGGAAUACUUCCGGAUGGUGCAAUUGCAGAUGGCAUCACAAAAUGAAGCUUCUAAUGACUUCACUUAUCACAAUGAUGGGCAUAGCUUCCACAGGAUGAGUCCUGCGCCAAGCCCACUGAGUGUGAGAAGAAGCGUUCCAGGCACUCCACUGUUAAACCCCUUUAGCCCGGCAUUCUCUAUGGGCACCCCUUAUUCCUUCUCAAUCUACGAUCCCGCAGAUGAAAGUUUCGAAGAUGAUUUAUACCAACUGAAUUAUCCAGCUCCUUCUCAGUGGCGUCUGCUGAGAAUGAAUGCACCGGAAUGGGGAAGUGCCUUGAUUGGAUGCUUGGCGGCAAUAGGUUCUGGAGCAGUUCAACCUAUUAAUGCUUACUGUGUGGGAUCGCUCAUAUCGAACUACUUUCUCAGUGACAAAUCCGCCGCCAAGCAUAAAUCCAACAAAUUGUCUCUUGUUUUCUUAGGCAUUGCUGCUCUAGAUUUCAUCACCAGUCUCCUCCAACACUACAAUUUUGCAGUCAUGGGAGAAAAGUUGACAAGGAGAGUACGUGAGAAACUGCUAGCAAAGCUGAUGACUUUUGAAAUAGGGUGGUUUGAUGAUGACGAGAACACAAGUGCAUCAAUUUGUGCAAAGUUAGCCACCGAAGCCAACAUGUUUCGAUCUCUUGUUGGGGACCGAAUGUCAUUGCUGGUUCAAGCAUUCUUCGGGUCUCUCUUUGCUUAUACACUAGGGCUUAUUCUCACGUGGAGGCUCGCCCUUGUGAUGAUUGCAGUACAGCCAUUAGUUGUUGGGAGCUAUUAUUCAAAGAGUGUUUUGAUGAAAAGCAUGGCAGGGAAGGCACAAAAAGCUCAAAAGGAAGGAAGUCAGUUGGCAAGUGAAGCUAAUGUUGGGGCUUUUCAGAGCUACCUUGAGAGCUCACAAUUUCUUAAUACAGCUUCUACUGCACUAGCUUUCUGGUACGGAGGAAGGCUUUUGACGGAAGGUUUGAUAUCCCCAGAGCACCUUUUCCAGGCAUUUUUGAUACUGCUUUUCUCUGCUUAUGUCAUUGCAGAAGCUGGAAGUAUGACCAAUGAUUUAUCGAAAGGAGGGAAUGCCAUUCGAUCGGUGUUAGCAAUCCUAGAUAGGAAAAGCGAGAUUGACCCAAAUAACUCUUGGGGUGCUUUGGACAUCAAAAAGAAGUUGAAGGGCCAAGUAGAGUUCAACAAUGUCUUCUUUGCAUAUCCAACAAGACCAGACCAAAUGAUCUUCAAGGGCUUGAACCUUAAAAUUGAUGCAGGGAAGACAAUGGCACUGGUGGGACCAAGUGGUUCUGGAAAAUCUACCGUCAUUGGACUUAUAGAGAGGUUUUAUGAUCCCAUGAAAGGAACAGUUUUUAUUGAUGGACAGGACGUAAAGAGCUACAAUCUGAGGUUGCUGAGAUCUCAUAUUGCGUUAGUCAGCCAGGAACCAACACUGUUUGCUGGUACUAUCCGUGAAAAUAUUGCCUAUGGUAAAGAGGAUGCAAGAGAAUCUGAGAUACGAAAGGCUGCAGUUCUUGCCAAUGCACAUGAAUUCAUCAGUGGAAUGAAAGAAGGAUAUGAUACCUACUGUGGAGAAAGAGGGGUUCAGUUGUCUGGAGGUCAAAAGCAAAGGAUAGCACUUGCUCGUGCGAUAAUCAAGGACCCAUCAAUCCUCUUGCUGGAUGAGGCAACUAGUGCGCUUGACAGUGUGUCAGAGAGCUUAGUUCAAGAGGCACUUGAGAAGAUGAUGGUUGGCAGAACAUGUGUAGUCAUUGCUCAUCGGCUGUCAACAAUACAGAAAUCCAACUGCAUUUCAGUUAUCAAGAAUGGAAAAGUUGUGGAACAAGGUUCACACAGUCAACUAAUGGAAUUGGGUAGUGGAGGAGCGUACUACUCUCUGACAAGAAUACAAAGUGGAAGCUCCUCUUAUCAUUGAAGCAGGAUGGUUGUUCUUCUCAGAAUUCCUUCCUAUCAAAUAAUCAGGAGAUAACCUGGAGGGUAAUGGGUCUUUUAUCUAUGCAAAAGUUAUUCCCUGGCACUUGUGGUAUCAUUGUCGAUCCUCCAUCCUUUCCCUCGCAAAAGGGAUUUUAAAAUGUUUAUAUUUGUAGCACGUAUUUCUGCAAGCUGACAGGACCUGGCCACAACAUCCUGCCUAAUCUUGCAAUGCCUUCUUUUCCUAGGUUCUCUUUAUGUUGCUGGAAGUUAUCUCUUCUUGGAUGCUAUUAAACAUCAUAGUUUAUGCAAUUGCCUACCUAUACUCU